AUGGAACAAGAAUCCCUUUUCCGGCGGCUUUGCUCCAUUCCCGCCGUAUCUGCGACGGCAGUCAUUUGUUACUUUGUCUACUGCUUUUUCCGUGGUGGUCUGUAUCGAUACCCUGGUCCCACCCUUGCAGGCUUCACAAACUGGUGGUGGACAGCCAGCGUAAAAAGCAAUCAUCAUCACGAAACGAUGAUCCAGUUGCAUCGCAAGUAUGGAGACGUUGUCAGAAUUGGCCCUAAUGCCCUCAGUAUCGCAAACGUGGACUACAUUCCCAAGAUAUACGGAAUCAAUAGCGGGUUCACAAAGGCAAGUCAUCGUAGUGAAAUGUACAAUCUCUUCGCUCCAAGGGUCAAUGGAGUGCCCUUGCCGUCGUUACUGUCGAUGCGCGACGAAAAGGAGUAUGCGCGCCAGAAAAAGAUGAUCCACCACGCCUAUUCACUUAGCUCACUCACAGAGUAUGAACCACUCGUCAAUGGUAUCAUCUUAAAACUUAUGGACCAGUUCAAAGUGAAAUCCGACAAGCAAAAUAACAAAAGCGUUGACUUGAGUGUCUGGCUUAGAUAUUAUACUUCCGAUGUUAUUAUGCAAUUGAGCUUCGGCAACAACCUCGGAUUCGUCGAGCAGGGGAAGGAUAUUGCAAACUACAUGAAAGAAUUGGACAAGUUACUUGACUUGGCUGCCAUAGCUCUAACGAUGCCUUGGCUUGGAUGGGUCAUAAAACACAGCCCUCUUGUCACCAUGAUACGAAAAGAGAGCACAACAUUCCCGGAAUUCUCGCGACAGCAGAUCGGAGAGCACAUAGCAGAGAAUAAGAAGAGACAAUUGAACCAACAAUCCGGAGUGGAAGACAAAAACGGGCGUCCAUUAGACCUGCUAGAUAGAUUUUUGAUCGCGGCCCAAGCAGAUACCCCUACCGGCUACGAUCUUGAUCUGGUUAUCAGCUGGACUCUAGCAAACAUCAUGGCAGGCGCGGACACAACCGCUAUUGGCCUUCGCGCCACUGUGUACUACCUUCUAAAAACUCCAGAAGCGUUGCGCAAACUCAAAGAGGAGCUGAGCAAAGCAAACUUGACUUAUCCCGUUACGUGGAAAGAAUCGCAACAACUUCCAUAUCUGGAUGCUUGUAUCAAAGAAGCGUUCCGUCUUCAUCCCGCCAUUGGUCUAGGUCUUGAGAGAAAGGUCCCUGUCACGGGCUUGAUGCUUCCAGAUGGGUUCAACCUGUCUCCUGGCACAAAUGUGAGUGUCAACGCCUGGGUUUCAGGACGCCAAUCAAUCUUUGGACCCGAUGUAGACAAUUAUGUACCAGAGCGAUGGCUGCAAGGCAAAGACGAAGACCUCAAUGCAUAUAAAGAGCGAAUUGGUCAUAUGAAGCGCGCGGACUUAGUAUUUGGUUCCGGUACUCGAUCUUGCUUGGGGAAGAAUAUCAGUUUGUUGGAGAUAUACAAGAUCGUACCAACCUUAUUUCUCAAUUUCGACGUUGAACUAGUGGAUCCGAGUAAGUCAUGGGUCACAACUAAUCGAUGGACAGUAAGACAGGAAGGCAUGGAAUGCUGGCUCAACCCAGUGUGA